AUGGAAAUUUUUAGGUACAUUUUAUUUCUUCUGGGGUCACCAGUAGUCGCCGCAGGAGCAUUUGCCGUCCUUAAAGUGGUGGAACCGAUUGAGGUCCCGCAGCAGAAUCUCCCUGCCGAAGGCCGCGGAGAUGAGCUUCGCCAUGGCGUGGCAGUCCUUGCAGACCCGCAGGUUCUUCACUAUCCGCAGCGUUGCCCCCGGCGGCGUGUUCAGCAGCCCGAACGCCAUGGCCAGCUUCUCGCUGUGGCCCCUCAAGCUCGCCGCCUUCUCCUCCUCCGUCAUCCCCUCAUGCACCACCACCGCCGUCUCCGGCGCGUACCCCAGCUGCUCCGCCAUCUCCUCCACCAUCCGCCGCAGCGCCGCAGCCUGAGGGUGCCUCCCGUCGCCGGAGAAGAACUCGUGCACGGCGCCGCCCACCUCGAUGGCGCUGCAGCCGGGAGUCUUCCCCGCGCCCUUCUCCUUCAUCAUCUUCCUCACGGCGCGCGCCUCCUCCCACCGGCCGGCGGCGGCGCAGAGGUUGGAGAGGAUCACGUAGUCGCCGCCGUGAGAGUCGUCGUGGUCGAGGAUCCUCGCGAAGACCCGCUUACCCAGCUCGACAUCGCCAUGGCUGGCGCAGGCGCCGAGCAGGGUCCGCCAGAGCACCGGCGAUGA